CACAGAAAUAGCUAAAUGCCCAGGUAAUAUGAUAUAGACGCUUGCUUGGAUAGGAGCAGACCGCGACGUUUGUCGCCGGCAAGCCAACGCAGUCCCGUCUUACAACAGUCGUCCAUAAUUAGGUAGUCUUUUGUUUUUUUGCCUGGCUAGGCCUGCUUCCCCGUUAUUUGGAACGGCGCGCCAGACCAACGCUUUCCAUGCACAAUCACGACACUAGUCGACGACGUAACUGACGCGAGCAAGUCCUAACAAGCCAUGAUACUUAGCGGCUCAUGGAUAAAGCCGUCGCCGUCAGGGCAACACCGCCAAGCAGCGGCGCGACAAGGAUGCAAGCCAUCAUCAGCGGCCAAUCUCGUGCGCCGCAGCCUGAACCGCAGCAAUGCCGCUACCACCCAAGCAAUCAUCUCUAUUAUGAACCAAGCAGAUAGCAACCAGGAAGCACCUGCGAGCAGCCCAGACGCCGACCCCGCCUCACACGCGAUGGCUCUCUGCCGGGUGUUGGGUGUCUCCCAGCCGCAGCUGCUGUCCAUGGCGCGCAGCUGUCCAUACAUCUUCGCGCUCAGCCCCGAAGCUCUGUCAGCCACGCUGAGUGCCUUGACAACACUCACCGGACUGCAGCCCCACCAGCUUCCCUCCCUGGCGGCUGCCGACCCCGCGCUGCUGCUGCAGCCCGACCGACUUAAACACAACAUGCGGG